AUGUGGUAUCUCUGUGGCGUUGUUGCUCUUAUUACCAUUGUUGGUGCUGAGGAUCCUUACAGGUUCUUCACUUGGAAAAUCACCUACGGUGAUAUUUAUCCUCUGGGUGUUCGCCAACAGGGAAUUCUUAUUAAUGGCCAAUUUCCUGGUCCUGACAUAUAUUCCGUAACCAACGACAACCUCAUUAUCAAUGUGCAUAACAACUUGCCGGAGCCGUUUCUCCUCUCAUGGAGUGGGAUUCAACAGAGGAGAAAUUCGUAUCAAGAUGGAGUUUAUGGAACCACAUGCCCCAUCCCUCCUGGCAAGAACUUCACUUACAUUUUGCAGGUCAAAGAUCAAAUUGGCAGCUUCUUUUAUUUCCCAUCUCUUGCCUUCCACAAAGCAGCAGGCGGCUUUGGGGGUAUUAGGAUCCUCAGCAGGCCUCUCAUUCCUGUUCCAUUCCCUGAACCUGCAGGCGAUUUCACUGUUCUUAUUGGAGAUUGGUACAAAACAAAUCACAAGAUAUUGAAGACAAUUUUAGAUCGCGGUAAGAAACUAAAAUUCCCUGAUGGCAUUUUGAUCAAUGGUCGUGGACCAAAUGGUGCAUCUUUCACAGUUGAAAAAGGAAAGACUUACAGGUUUAGAGUAUCAAAUGUGGGACUGCAAAAUACACUCAACUUUCGCAUUCAGGGCCACAAGAUGAAAUUGGUUGAAGUCGAAGGGACUCACACUGUUCAAACCACAUUUUCUUCUUUGGAUAUCCAUGCUGGUCAAUCCUGCUCUUUUUUAGUUACUGCAGAUCGGCCUGCUCAGGACUACUAUAUUGCAGUUUCCACUCACUUCUCCAGCCAGGUUCUGAACACCACUGCUAUUCUUCACUACAGAUACUCCAACAAGCCAGUGUCUGGGCAUCCCCCCAAUGGACCCCCAAACGACAUUGCCUGGUCACUGAAUCAGGCUCGUUCCAUCAGGACUAACCUCACUGCAAGUGGACCUAGACCAAACCCUCAAGGCUCUUACCACUAUGGUCUCAUCAACAUCACCAGAAGCAUAAAACUAGCUAAUUCAGCAGGUCAAGUUAACAGCAAACAACGAUAUGCAGUAAACAGUGUAUCCUUUACCCCAGCUGACACACCACUCAAGCUUGCGGACUAUUUCAAAAUUGGAGGAGUUUUCCGUGUUGGAAGCAUCCCUGAUAAGGCCACGGGUCAACGAAUUCACCUUGACACAUCUGUCUUGGGAGCUGACUACAGAUCAUUUGUUGAGAUUGUGUUUGUGAACCAUGAGAGCAUCAUUCAGAGCUGGCACCUUGAUGGAUAUUCUUUCUUUGUGGUCGGAAUGGAUAGAGGCUUGUGGACUCCUGCUAGUAGAAAACAGUACAAUCUUAGAGAUGCAGUUUCACGUUGCACCACACAGGUUUAUCCCCAGUCAUGGACUGCAGUGUACAUAGCACUUGAUAACGUGGGAAUGUGGAACCUGAGAACUGAGUUUUGGGCACGGCAAUACCUUGGACAACAAUUAUACUUGCGAGUUUAUACACCUGUUCAAUCAAUAAGGGAUGAAUACCCCAUUCCAAAGAAUGCCUUACUCUGUGGCAGGGCUAUUGGUAGAACCACACGGCCCAUGUAAACAAGCUGCCGAAGAGGAUGAGGAGACUAAUUACCAAAAGAUAAAAACCCCAACUCAUGGUCGUUUUCUUUGUCACAGAAGAUUGAAUUUUGUGUUAAUUUUAAGGCAUGUAUCUUAAUCACAAUAAAUUGAACUAUCUCACUGCGUCUGCACUGUAUACUGGCGGUAACUUACCUCAAAAGUAUUUAAAUAUCAUUUCAUCUGAAGGAACUAUUGGG